AUGGCGCCGCCGCAAGGACUCACCUUGCCCACGCUCAUCUGCGGCGCGCUCCUCGGCGUCGUGUUCUUCACCAUCGGCAAGCUCUUCCUCGCCACCCUGGCGUACAUGCUGUUCUUCAUGUGGAGCGGCGGAAAACUCUAUGACGACCCACAGUGGCAAAUCCUGGGCGGCCUCCUCUACUCCGUGCCCAUAUUGAUGAUCCCCCUCACCGUCUACGAAAUCCAGAAAAUACUCGGCAUAUGGCCCAACCUAGAGCACAUCUCCCACCCGUCCAAAAAUACUCCAUCCUCCACCUCGCCUCACAAACAAUCCUCGCCCUCGCCUCACAACUCCUACACCUCCACUACGACCUCAUCUUCUUCCGACUCAACUCCGACGCACUCUUCCCAGGCAUCGCCUCCAUCUCCAUCCUCCUCAACAACAUCUUCAUCUUCUUCCACCUCCUCGAAUCCAACUCUCACCUCACCUCCUACCUCCUUCAAACCUCCGUCUCACUCCUCAUCGCGCUCAUCUCACUCCUCACACACACCACCAGCCUCUCCGCCUCCUCCGCCUCCUCCCUCCUCUCCUUCUCCUGGCUCUCCCUCAUCUACCAACAAUUCGACCUCAAAAAAAAACCCUUCCUCCUCCUCGCCUACUUCGCCAUCAUCUCCUCCUCCCACCUCAUCUCCCACCUCUCUCGCAUCCACUCCCUCCAACUCGCCUCCCUCCUCAUGCUCUUCUACUCCACCAGAAUCGCCUGGUCCACUCACAACCACGCUCUCCUCCUCUCUCUCUCCUUCUCCUACCUCCUCCUCGGCUCCUCCACCCACCUCAACUCCCUCUUCCUCUCCGGCACCCUCCUCCUACACGCCUCCCUCCUCCAACUCUCUCACUCCCUCCUCAAACAAAACAACCACCCCUCCCUCCUCUCCCUCAUCCUCGACCCCCUCCUCAUCCCCUCCCUCCUCACCCUCUCCACCCUCCUCCUCCUCUCCCCAAACCUCCUCUCCCUCCUCACCCGAGAAACCCCCUUCAACCCCGACUCCCCCCCAAAAAUCACCAUCAAAGAACUCACCAUCCACUUCCCCCGCGACACCGACCAACACGGCAUCCUCCUCGGCCUCCUCGCCUCCAAAGACCCCGACUUCCAAAUCGACGACGCCACCCUCCACAUCGACGGCGAAAACCUCUGGCACGCUCUCUCCGGCAUCUACGGCCCCCAACCCGUCCACCGCUACCUCCACUCCCUCCUCCCCCUCAAACUCCUCCCCAACCGACUCUCCAAAAAAGCCAUCAACAAAAAAACCGACCGCAUCAAGCUCUGGCUCCACUUCGGCACCGGCAAAAAAAAAGAGCCAAAAAUCCCCCAAACCAGCAUCGCCUCCGCGCUCAGAAAACUCGUCAACUACCGAGACCCCACCAUCAUCCUCCGCGCCGUCUAUCACAGCAAGUCCGCCACCCCAAAAUGCGCCAUCCUCUUCGAGACAAAAAUCAAAGCCUCUCAAAUCCUCAACUCUAUCAAAGAAGGCACCCUCCUACAACCCAUCCUAAAACACUGGUAACAACGCCCCACACACCGCCAAGGCCACUCAGCCCCGCGCAAAAACGCACCCACCUCUCGCUCAC